AUGUCUCCAUAUCGCCAGCACCCCGCCAACUUUCAGCUGCAGCAUGACCUUACCAACAACAGAGGCCUUUCAAUGACCCAGCAACUGCCGCCAGUGUUGGAAGGAUACUCCCGAUUGUAUCUAUGCCGUCAUGGCCAGACAGAUUUCAACUGCCAACGCAAACUCCAAGGUCGAGGCGUUAACAUGCAGUUAAAUGCCAAUGGUUUGGACCAAGCCAAGUAUCUGGCAAAAGCCAUGAAGGACGUGCCUUUGAGUGGCAUUUACAGCAGCUCUUUAACGCGAGCUUUCCAGACAGCAGACGCCGUCGCUAAGUUUCACCCAGAGAUUCAAGUGGAGUCGUUUAGCGAGGUAGAAGAGAUGAACUUUGGUGAGCUCGAGGGCCAUUCGAUGGAAAUACACGACGAUCAGAUCCGCUCCAUGUUUAAAAGGUGGGAGAAGGGCGAGUUCAAUGCUUCUUGGCCUGGUGGGGAGAGUCCGAUGGACGUGGUCAAUCGUGGCGUGAAAAAAAUCACCGAGGUGAUGAGCACCACUCUACCCAAGGAACAAGUGUUGAUGGACAACACGUGCGUGAACGUCAUCGACUUUGACCACGCAACGCAGACAUACUGCGCUAUGGCGCUCAACAACAUCAACCACUUGCCUUCACCACCAUCAGUGUAA